AUGAGUGCCACAAGCGCUAGUAGUAGCAUAAGUGCAAUAAGCGCUAGUAUUAGCAUGAGUGCCACAAGCGCUAUCAGUAGCAGGAGUGCCACAAGCGCUAGUAGUAGCAUGAGUGCAACAAGCGCUAGUAGUAGCAGGAGUGCCACAAGCACUAGUAGUAGCAGGAGUGCCACAAGCGCUAGCAGUAGCAGGAGUGCCACAGGCGCUAGCAGUAGCAGGAGUGCCACAAGCACUAGUGGUGGCAUGAGUGCCACAAGCACUAGUAGUGGCAUAAGUGCCACAAACACUAGUAGUGGCAUGAGUGCCACAAGCACAAGUAGUGGCAUGAGUGCCAGAAGCACUAGUAGUGGCAUGAGUGUCAUAAGCGCUAGUAGUAGCAGGAGUGCCACAAGCGCUAGUAGUAGCAGGAGUGCCACAAGCGCUAAUAGUAGUAGGAGUGCCACAAGCGCUAAUAGUAGUAGGAGUGCCACAAGCGCUAGUAGUAGCAUGAGUGCCACAAUCGCUAGCAGUAGCAGGAGUGCCACAAGCACUAGUGGUGGCAUGAGUGCCACAAGCACUAGUAGUGGCAUAAGUGCCACAAGCACUAGUAGUGGCAUGAGUGCCACAAGCACAAGUAGUGGCAUGAGUGCCAGAAGCACUAGUAGUGGCAUGAGUGUCAUAAGCGCUAGUAGUAGCAGGAGUGCCACAAGCGCUAGUAGUAGCAGGAGUGCCACAAGCGCUAGCAGUAGCAGGAGUGCCACAAGCACUAGUAGUGGCAUGAGUGCUAGAAGCACUAGUAGUGGCAUGAGUGCCAGAGGCACUAGUAUUGGCAUGAGUGCCAUAAGCGCUAGUAGUAGCAGGAGUGCCACAAGCACUAGUAGUAGCAGGAGUGCCACAAGCGCUAUCAGUAGCAAGAGUGCCACACGCACUAGUAGUGGCAUGAGUACCACAAGCGCUAGUAGUGGCAUGAGUGCCACAAGCGCUAGUACUAGCAGGAGUGCCAUCAGCGUGAGUAGUAACCGCCUGUUCGAUCCACUCUCCCUUCGACGCGAGAGGACCUUAGCAGCAAAGCCCUGCCCGAGAUGCACUCUUUGA